UUAUAUUAAAGAGCUUCUUUGAAACUUAACUGAUGCAUAUUUUUGCAAUCUGAACUAUGGAUUAAUGGCCAAAAAAAUGAAAGGAAAUUCAAAAUACAGCGAUGAUUCUCUUUCAUCUUUAAACGAAUCAACUGGAUCAUUAAACAGAUCGUACAAUGAUAUUUCUGAUCAAGAAAACGGUAUAUACGUCAUAGUAAGAUCUCGGCCAUUAAGCAUCAAAGAAAAUACAGCAAGUGAACCAUCAAUUGUAUCGUUUCCGGGAAAUGGACGUAUUUUGGUGGAAGGUUUUCAAACAAUUGGUGGAUCUAAUGGACCUAAAUCCAAACUGUUCUCUUUUAAUGUCGUAUUCGAACCAGCAUCUACACAAGAGGACAUAUUUCAAUAUUCUGGCAUCAAGAAGCUUAUCGAGAUGGCGGCCGAAGGUUUCAACACCACUUGCUUUUGUUACGGACAAACCGGUAGUGGUAAAACCCACACACUUACAGGACCCCCAGGAAUGUUUUUCAACAAGCGUAUUGAACCAUUUUCCGUGGACCAUGGUCUUAUAUUUCGAUCAUUUAUGUAUCUGUUUCGAUUGGUGCAACAACGACAAGAUCUUCAUUUCGUACUUAAAGCCUCAUUUUUAGAAAUUUACAACGAAAAAGUGAUAGAUUUAUUAAACCCAGGAACUGUCAGAAAACCAUUAGACGUAAGAUGGUCCAGGAAAGCUCGUAACUUUUAUGUCGAUAACUUGUUUAUGGUGGACUGUGAAGAAUUAGAUGACCUACAAGCUGUACUAGAAGAAGGCAUGAAAAAUAGAACGGUAGGGAGCCAUAAUAUGAAUGAAAACUCCAGUAGAAGUCAUACAAUGUUAACGGUGUAUAUUACGUCCGAACAACAAUUAUCUGAAGACGGUGUUUUUAUCACGAAACAAGGCAAAAUUAAUUUUGUUGAUUUGGCUGGCAGUGAAAUGACUAAAAAAACCAUGAGUGAAGGAAAAACUUUAGAAGAAGCAAAUAAUAUCAACAAAAGCUUAAUGGUUCUAGGCUACUGCAUAGCAUCGCUGAGUGAUCCUAAGAAGCGGAAAGGUCACAUCCCGUAUCGAGACAGUAAACUUACCAAACUCUUGUCUGAUAGCUUAGCCGGUACUGGUGUCACGUUAAUGAUAGCAUGCAUAUCACCAGCAAGAUCAAACGCUAGUGAGACAAUAAGCACAUUAAGGUAUGCAGCUCGUGCAAAAAAAAUCAAAACCAAACCAGUGAUAGUUAUGGACCCCAGAGAAGCAUUAAUCGUCAGUUUGCGGCGUGAAGUGGAAGCGUUGCAGAACGAAAACGAUCAUUUGCGAAAUGCUCUGGAUAUUAACAAGACGUCGUCGGCCAGUAUUUUGAAUGUAAAAAUGCCGCCCAAUAUGGACAUGGACCGGUUAAUACAAAUGGACCCCAAGGAGCUUGUGGAUUUGGUCAAACAUUACGCGAACGAAAAUGAGGCGCUGCGCAGAGAAAACGCCGAGCUAUUCAACUCCAGGGACCUAUUACAAAGAGACCACGAAAUUGUUUGUCGGGAGAACGAACGGCUACUGAAGAAACUUGAGGACGUCAACUCGGCAUGUAUAAGAUCUCCAAUAAUUCCAGCGCGUGGCCAAUAUGUUGACAAAAUUGAACUGGCCUCGACCAACAGCUCUCUAAACACGCAAAAUAUCCAAAUGGAAAAUAUUGGAUUGGAGAGAGAAAAAAGAGAUUUACCUAUAGCCUAUCAAAGAGAAAUAGAUAAAAAAGGAAUUGGAAAUACAAUAAGUAAUUUUGUGGGCUCUUUCAAAAACCGAAGAAAAGCUUUAUCAGAUAUUUAUAAAACACCGUCGAAACCAACUUCAACUAAAAGAUCGCCGCCUAUGGUUGACCGCGUAACCUCGUCAUCAUUGGUAGUUGACGAACCUAACAACAAAUUUGACAACGGGCUGAGCUCAGCAGCGUCGACGCUCGCGUCCAUCAUCAGCCGACAAGCAUUUGACAUACCACGAGCAGCCAAAGACAGUGAUCACUUAAGAGACAACAGGGGAGAUAGCAGCAGUGAUAGAAACAGUGGAGGUCGUAGAAGCAGUGGAGGUGACGACAUCGGCAGUGCAGAUGAUCGACGGAGCGCCGGAGGUCGAUUUUCACUGCCGGACAUCGUAGACUCCGGUGACGACAUCAGCAAUGGCGUACAAGUUCGACGGGACAGCGUCGGGAGUAGCGUGUACUCGAGGCGAGACACCCCAGCCAGAAGCCGCGACCCGUUUGGAAGUCCGGUGACGCCACAGAUGUACAACGGAUACAGACACCAUGCUGGAAACACUCGAACAGCCGCCGCCGUCGCCAUGAAAACAGCCGCCACGUCUAGUUGAAAUCCACCACAUGAACCGUAUGGACUUCAAUGGGUUAAAUUCCGUCAUUAUAUUGUAAACAUAUUUUACCUUACGAAAAUUUAUCGCAAAUUAUUGAUCGUCAUAAAAAUUUAUCGGAACAAUAUUUAUCACGACUUAUAAACC